AUGAGAGAGUUUGGAAGGAGUUAUGAGCUUGGUGAUGAGAGCAGAGUGGAUGCAUGUGAGCUCGAGGGUUUAGUGAGUGAAGGGUACCAAUUGUUAGGGAUUUUCAAUUGGAGUGACCAUUUUCCUCUCUUGGCUUGGUUAGAUUCGCAGGGAGUUAGGAGGAGAUGUAGAAACUUGGCUGCAAAGGUGAACGUUUUCGUAGAGAAAAUUAUAGAUGAACGUAAGAUGAAAAGGGUUGAGAAUGGCAAAAACGGAGAUUCCAUUAGAGAUGGGAGUUCAGGUGAUUUUGUUGACGUGUUACUUGACUUGCAAAAAGAGAACAAGCUUAGUGACUCAGACAUGAUUGCUGUUUUAUGGGUAGGCACUGAUACAGUGGUAAUCCUCCUAGAAUGGAUUCUUGCAAGAAUGGUUUUACACCCUGAUGUCCAAGCAAAGGUCCAGGCAGAGAUUGACAAUAUUGUUGGCACCGGCCGUUCAGUCAGAAAUUCUGACUUGCCUAAUCUUCCUUACCUUCGGGCUGUUGUGAAAGAAACGUUAAGAGUGCACCCACCAGUUCCUCUUCUUUCUUGGGCUAGGCUAGCAAUCCAUGACACUCAAAUAGGACCCCAUUUUAUCCCUGCCGGCACCACUGCCAUGGUCAACAUGUGGUCGAUAACCCAUGACGAGAAGAUCCGGUCAGAUCCUGAAGAAUUCAAGCCAGAGAGGUUUAUGGAGGAAGUAGUUAACAUCAUGGUGUCUGAUCAUAGGUUGGCUCCUUUUGGGGCAGGCAGAAGGGUUUGUCCAGGCAAAGCUAUGGGGUUAGCCACCGUUGAGCUUUGGCUUGCUCAGUUGCUUCAGAACCUCAAUUCGGUUCCUAGUGAUUUUGGAGUAGAAUUGUCUGAGAACCUCAAGCUUUCUUUGGAGAUGAAGAACUCUUAG